AGCGACUUCACGUUACCCCAGUGUUGCCACAUGUUGGCACACACAGCUACAUACUCUCAUCUGUUGGUGACACCGGUAAUUGUAGCACUGCGACAGGCGAGCACAUAUAUCGAAACCGAGAUGAUUACAACGACUCGCCACGACCUGAGUUCGGCUUCGGGCGGCUAGGAGAAUCAAGAACACCAACGCCCGCGUCCUGUAGUAGAGUGCGGCGCCCAUCUCCUGUUCCUGGAGCCCUGCGUGAAUGGGGCAGCGAUUAUCCUGAUUUUUCUCAGACGCAGAGUAGAGCUUCCUUCGCUCGACUGAGCAAUGACGGAGGACCAGACCUGCGGCGCGUGCGGGCUACGGAGCGUCUCCUCAGUGCCCCUGUAACUUCGGAAUCUUCUUCUACCGUUCAUGCCGAUGCAGAUGCUGCAAUUUCACGCGGCGCAGAGAGUACAACACGUCUAAGGGAGGAAAUCUUUUCACAUCCUGUCUUCGAUGAGGGUGAAGACUCCUACUUCGCAUCAAGAAUGCGCCCUGGCCAUGCACUGCAACCGGCAUUAGAGACCGGUCUCAGGAGAGCGGCGGGACGGUCUGACGGGGGAGCUCGCGGAAGGGCUGACUGGCAAAGUUUCUUCGGGACUUCGCGCGAAGAUUCGCAUGCUCGUGAUGCCUUUCGGAUUUCAGUUGCCCACCGCUGGGGCGCCGCCGGGCGUGUCAGUCGUGGCAAUCCCGGUUCACAUCUAAAGCGCCAGAGGCUGGACGUAACUCUUCAUGUUAUGAGGGUCAGCAUCAUACUGUGAGUACUGAUUACGGUCUACUUGUAGUUGUAGCUCCAUCAGUAGUAGUUCUCCUCUGAAUACUCACCUCAGUAUCGGCAUUACGACCACUACCUGGUAGUUCCCAAUUCCUGUUUCUGUUUCAAAGUACUACUUCGUGACUGAACAUCAUCUCGGCGGCGCUGAAUAUUACUGCGCACCAUACUAGGCCCUCUUCUAAUCCUUGUGAAUCCGCAUCAAGAGAUUUCGGGACAGGUUCGGUCGUGAGCCCAGCAUCAUCUGGAAUUCAUGAUACAGAAGGUGAUCUUCAUAGUGAUAGUUCUUUCCUGCCACCAUCCGGAACUACUCGACAUCAAGUACUACAGGGGCAUGAUCAUGACGUUGUAUCUCAUCUCGAAGAUUAUCAUGGUGUCAUGGUGACAUCAAGAGCAGGGGAACUCUUUUCUUCUGACGACUUCGAUGUACCACUUCCUCGUGAGAGUUCGAACGACGGCCGAAUUCUGGAAGUGACAUCUAAAGGCAGUGGACGCGGUCGCAACGUGCAGAGCGAUGACGAGCUUGCUGGGGCGACUUUCUUCUCUGUAGAUGUUAAGACCUCUCCCCUGCUACAGAUAUAGAAACAAACAAUUGAAGUAAGUACUUCUGAAAUAGAGAAUAAUGGCAAUAGCGUGAUACAACUAGAACUCGAUGACCUGGCACUAGUAGAAGUACUACCCCGUUUUACGAACUACAAGAAGAUGUUCAAGCGAACUACUAAAAAUUUAUCCACCGUGCAUUGAGUAUUAAGACCACUGUUGACUUCAUCUUCAACUUCUUUUGUUUUUUAAUGCGAGGUUAGUGAAGUUAAAUAACCUACAAUCUAAUUCAUACUCCAUAUUUUUUAUCGCCGUAUGAGUAUGAUCAUGUUGAUGUUUUCGUCUUGGGGUUUUUAGCUCUAAAUCUAAGCACGAACAAGAGACGAUUGAAGAUGAGGUCGGUGCUGUAGAGAAUGAUGAAGUUCCAGAACCAGAGCCAGACUCGGAAGAUUUCCGAAACGAGGAUUCUUAAGGCAACGCAGGGCGCAUCCUCGACAUCAUUUCUCCUUGGCUUCAUAUUUGGCUUCUUUUUCAAAUAGGAAAAGAAAUAGAGGUCUCCAGGGUGGACGGUGGUGCGAGGAAUGGACGCAACGGUGAUAGCCCUAAGACGCGUCGUCCAGUGAUAGCGAUCCAUUCGCUUUACGCAUCCGACUUACCACUGAACGGAGAUACCUGAGCGAAGGUCUUUCUAUAGAAGUAUAAAUAUGGUUGCCAUUCAACAAGAUGAAGAUUACGGUGAAGCGUCAUAUUGAAAAAAUUGCAUUAGAUUAAAAACGGUUGUGCUUCUACUUAUUUUCUUCGGCUCUUCACUGCCUGUGGAUAAAGAUAAGAUUGGAGGUACGUUCCUUGUUACGGCACGGAUCCAGCUUGUUCAAACUUCAAAGCACACAAUUCAUGUGGUUCGACCCUGUCGUUCAAAGUUAAAGCAUGCUACAAUCAACAGGUUCUCCGUAUGGUCGGAAUCUUCCACCAAACGCAGCCGAUCGGAGAGGGCAGGCGCGGAGUCUUGAUAACUCUUACCAAAGAGAAGGCUCUUCGGGGCAGCCAUUGUACAACUCGUACAGCAGUAGAGCGGGAAAUGUGCCGCACAGGAGUUUCAGCACAUUUGCAGGGCCUGCUCGACCACCUCGCGGUGUGGUCGGGAGGCGAAAUCGACGGCGAAGUCGUUCUCAAAUUCGUGCCAGACGAAACCGGGGAACUCCUGAAGCAGGGACGCAUUUACGUUGGAAAGAUGUUGAACAAUGUGUUGUUUUUUUUGAUUAGUACGUCAGAACAAGCCUCUAAUAAUUUUUCACCGUUCAUAGCUAGUACAGAUGUGAAUGUGAAAUGACAUGCACAACAGAUCAUUGAAUGCAAAGGUAUGAACUACGUACAGUUACAGUAUCAGUACAACCCAAAACUCCAAUGCAUGCAAAUAAUGCUUGCGAUUAGAAACAAAAACUCUAAGUAAUGUGGCCGGGAGUAGCAGCAGUCGCGAGACGCAAGACCCCACAGUGGGGGUCAGCCCUAGGUGGUUUGACGAAACUGGGGAAAUCGAUGCGCAACUAGGUGGAGCACAUCUUGCUGAAGAUAGCUACUCCUUGCGUACAACGCGGGGGAGCUACACCACUUUAGUUAAGGCAUUUGACUCGUUAUCACGAUUCAUGCCCGUCUCCUCACCUAGUCAGAAGUAAGCACAACUCUGGAUAAUGAAUACCGUUGAAUAUCGAUUUUUUGUCCAACCAGCGCCUCAUAAUUUUUCAAUUCAAGAGACACGAAGAUGCUGCAUCUUCACCACUGUAGUCAACAUUAUUUUUGGUAAGCACUCCUAGUCACUAUGUUCUUUGUUUUUAGUUGCAGUUAUUUACUGCGUUAUCUCAAGUAGUGCAUACUGUUAUUUUAGGUAAGCGGAGGAAACUGGCACGAACAAGCGCUAACGUAUUUGGAACAGACGAGGCCGACGCGACGUCAGGUGGGCGAGUGGAAACGAGGAUUGAGACAACAGAUUUAGCAAGCGAUGCCGCUGUUUUGCGUGCACAGGCGCGUCGGGUCGCGCGUUUGUUCUCUCCACCUGCCCAGACGCAGGGCUGGGGGCAUUCGAGGGAUUCUGCAAAUGCUCUAGAAAACAGAAACCUGCUCAGCAACAACAUCCAGGACUGCCUUUUAUCGGAUUUACCAAUGCAGAAUCCGAAAUCGUCAGCUUAUUUUGACAGAGCUGAGGCAGCAAGGCUUGCUCGAUCCAGGAUAAAUGUCGCGGAAGCAAAGCCUCUGAGUCUCGUUCGGAUCGCGGUACCUCAGAGGUUUCUGCAAAGUUCGACAGUAGCCCAACCGGAGUUGGUAAAAUUCUCACCUUCUGGCAACCAGCACAAUGUGUCGAUGUCGCAAGCACAUGAUCAUGAAGGAAGGAGAGGGAACGAUCAUCAAAGUAGAGGUGGCGAAGCUGAAGGUCAACGAAAAAAUGAAAACACUAAUCAACAUGAUGUUGAGAAUACUACUCAUGAUAUUACUGCUGCGACGUCCCAAAAACAAGGAGAAGGAACUCAAUCGCAGUCGUCCUCUUCCUUCGUGGAUGCAACUGUGGCGUGGUCAGUUGCACCAUCUCAGCUAGUUCAGCACCCUCCGCGUUGGUCUUUGCUUUCCUUGACACUCACAGCGGGAAUGUACGCACUGCCGAAAAUCGUCAAGUACAAUACUUUGCUCGACGCGGCUGCUGGAGAGCCAUCGAUGGCAGCGAAAAUGAAUCAAGAUGUGAAUCGCGCUAUUGCAGCGGCUUCUCAGGCCAUUAUGCACUUGUUACAAUGUUGCAACGUAGUUUUAGUCCUAUGUGAUUGGAUGUGGAUGUUUUUAAAGUGGAGAAUGAAGAAGGACAUGCCUUUCAGUUCUUGGACGCACAUUUGUUGUAUGAAUCGGGCUGCGCCCCCCGCUCUAGGUUAUACUUAUAUUUAUAUAUAUAAUAUAGUCUCUUUUUCUUCAGGAAUUCGCCGAUAGUGAAGCAGGUCUGCCUCAUUAGAUCUCUGCUCAGUGUCAAUCGUGCUUGCAUAUUUAAUGGAUAUCUUGGAGAUGGGAAAUUCCAGCACCUCUGUCCUGCCCAGUUGCUCUAAUGCCAAUCAAGACCGAGCAGGCGCGGCUCCGCCCCCGGUAUUAGCAUCUGCUUCCCCAAGCACAUCAGAUACGAAUCCGUCUGCAACCUCCAGCGAUCGCGUGCAAUCAGGGAUCGUAAACGGUAAUAGGAUUGUCCUGACGCGUGUUUCAGGUGGCGACUCAUCAGACACCGCUGUUAAGGAUAGACUUCAGAUCCCUACUUCAAAUUCAAUGUCAAUUUAGAUAUAUGUUCCAGGGCUCAGGGCUGAAGGCCCCCCCGAUCUAGUAAGGCGAGGGAGAAGGCCCUCAGCGGGCCCUUUUUGUGGAGGACUGCCGGGCGGGAAGGCCUCCAAAAACCCAUCUGCGGCCAGGUGCGGCCUCCUGCAUCUACCCUGUACAGAACACCCAGCGCCCGCGGCCAGCGUUUUUAGGCCGGGUGAUCUGCUGCUGUGCCUGGUGGUCUCCUGCGGUGCCUCGUGGUCUCUUGCUGUGCCUUGUGGUCUCUUGCGGUGCCUCGUGGUCUCCUGCUGUGCCUUGUGGUCUCCUGCGGUGCCUCGUGGUCUUCUUGUCUACGUGUGCUCUACAGAUCGGGAGCGCGUCCCUCCCUUCGGUCAGUUCUCUUUGCCGUUCUCUUCCACCACUGUGCUGCGCCACAGGCUACCACGACACAGCUGGGCGCUUCUCGUCGCUCGUUCCUUCUUCUCUCGUCCCUCGUUCUUCUCUCGUCCCUCGUUCCUCUCUCGUCGCUCUUCCACCACGGUGCUGCGCCACAGAUCCAUCCACAGGGGGGGCUUCCCUCCCUGGUGCAUAUUUAUAAUAUCAGUAUGUCCCAGGGCUCAGGGGAGCGGCCCCACCCGAGCGCCGGGGGGGGCCGUGGAUCCUCGGACCCCUUUUGGAGGCGUCUGCCGGGAAUGGAAGGCCUUCAAAGGGGUCCAAGGGGCCGCCUCCACUCCCUUCUAGCUGCCUGCAUGUACCCUACAGGCUUCCUAUUUGUUGGCCUCUCGCCGCAGCAUCACGGUGCCGGGGGUGUAAGGCCUCCGAACCCAAAGGCAGCAAAAAGCGCAAGGCUGGACCCGCUGAGCCGGGUGGCCUGUACCCUUCGGGCCCUUGGUCAUCGGCUUGCUGGCUCUGUCUUGCCGCGCAUUUGGCGACGGCAACCCAGCCAAAGAGGCCAGGCCUCGCGACCGUCGCCGCGUUCGGCGGCUUUCUACCCCGGCUGCCUCCGGCGUGGGAGGGUCGGCAGAUGCUGGGACGUCAUUCGGGAACUUCAAAGAGGCGCAAGGGGGCGCCCGCUCCCAGUUUUGCCGCCUUCCUCCCCAAGAAUCCGCGAAAAGUAGCGCGGAAAGGAGCGCGCCAGCGCCAUCACCGGGCCAGCCACAGGGGGGGGCGUGCGUCCUUGUAGCCUAUAUGCAUGUAUUAAGUAGGCGUCGUUCGUUUGAUUUGUUGAAGCUAAGCGCCGGAGUGAACCUGCAGCUCGUGCGCUAUCGUCUCUUCAACAUAUAGGAUGAGUACCAAAACUGUUGAUCUUUCCGAGUGAGCGUGGAGAACCAAGAGCAAACAGAAGUACUUAGGUAGGUAGGAAGGUAAAGAGAAGAUGAAGCUUCUUGUUAUAAUUAGGAGUGUUUAUCUUGAAAGGAACUACUCUUGCUAGAAUAGUGCUGUUGUGUGAGAAAACACGACAAGUUCUGGUUCUAAAAAUGACAGCGGAGGAUUAUGGGCCCGGCUCUUCGGCCACCGCGGUGCUCCAGAAGCAAACACGUCUGAGGCACUGGAGGAGCAGAAGAACCAACUCGGGUAUCGUCUUCAGAUGUUGAUGCAGCAAGAGGCGGAGAUCGCCGGAAACGCUGUGCUACCGAUUGAGCUUGAUUUGCCUACGGACGUUUUUCCUGUUUUUCAUAGCAGUUUUGUUUGCCCGGUGAGCCGCACACAGAGUACAGUUAAGGACUCAUGAUUCCGUCUUUACAGUACCUUAUUUUCACUUCCAUGGAAGAAUACGUAAACGUAGAAUACAUAGUCAUUGCAUCGAAGCCUUUGCGUCGAUUGCUUUCUUGUGUACAUUUUAUUGAGGAGGACUGUAUAAAGUUGAAACAAUAAAUAUGAAUAUGAACGAAAUGACAAUAAGCAGGUAGAAAUGCAACAUCAACCGCACGUACUAUGUAUAAUUGGUAUUUUAAGAAGAUUUAGACAGAAGUAGAUGCAUGUUGCUGUCCGCAAGCUACUAUAGCACAGCCUUACACUUACUUCUAAAGCAAAGCCUUGGGCUCUCGGCUGUGGCCACGUAAUCUCAAAGGCGACAUUGGAUCGCCUCUCGCGUAGCACGCGUCGCGCAUUCAAGUGUCCAGUCUGUCCGACACAGCAAACAGUUGCGCAGUCCAAAAAACUCGUGUUUGGACCAGAAUUUGCGUAAAGUCUUUAUACAACUACACGAAGAGGAUACUUUUGUUGAAAUAUUAGGAGAAGCUAGAUUUGUUGGAAGAACAAGCACAAGAACCAUCAAAAAAUGAGGCCUUGUGGACGCGAAUAAAUUUUUUCAAAUUUGUAGAAUUUUUUGGUUUUUCUUGAACAAGUACUAGCACUAGAGAAAGUAAGAAAAAGAAACGUCCCCCAGAAGGAACUACGAAAUCCCUGUGAUGACGGGAAACUCAGGAGAAUAGAUCCAGAUGCAAAAAAAGAAAUCGAAACAUAGAAAGAACAGAGUGAACAACUCGACAGAUGAUUACAAGGAAUCUGAAUCAUAAUACCUUCACCAUGGUGAGCUGCUUAAGAAAUGGUCGAGGAACCCUCGAGACUAUGUAUUAGUGCAUCAUGCUGGUGAAGGCUAUACUAAUAAUUCCUCUGGGCUUGUCGUUCAUCUCCACGGACGCGCUCGCUCCUGUGUUAUGUUUGACAGAGGACAAUCCCUUUGAUCAUGCUCCUGAGUUCGAUCUCCUUAUAUAUCAAUUAUACUGCGGUCCGGAUUUUCUGGACCCUAGUCUCACCGGUGUCUGUGUUGCGCACAGCUUAGGGAUGUUCUACUGCUGUUGUCACUGUUCCGG